CCCCUUUCCCCAUGGAAAACCCUUUAGUUUGACAGAAGUAUGUCUAUCAAGACAAACUACUGCAAUAGCUCAUCUGAAUGGAUGAUCUGUUAGCCCAUAUUUAUACACAGACAAAUUAUCCGAAGACGAAGUGCCAUUCUUUGCCCAAGUUCAUCCGGAUGCCAUAUGACAUUUCCACCUCAAGAAGGACAGAUUGUUUCAAUUUCCGGUAUCACAAGACAAUGUAGAUUGUAGCUCAAAUUGACUUAUGUUAAUUGACUAUUGAGCAAAUUCAAUGGUCAAUAUCUAAGCUUAACUAGAGUAGGCUCAUAUUGCAAGUACGAAGCUCGAGUAAAGGCUCUUCUUGGAGCAUUUAGUUUUCUUUUGAAAUAGGUGCUCCCAGGAAUUGAAGCUGUGCUCCUAGCAUUUUUAGCUGAGCGCCUAAAAUUUUGGCAGUGCACUUAAAAAUUUACACCUGGUCGCACAAGUGCUCCUAAAGCCAAAAAUCAACUUUGAGCCCUGCCUGAGAUUGCUGUAAAUUUACGCAUCCAUACUCCCAGGUCCCACUUGUUUUUACUUUUUUUAUCAUCUUAGCAUGGAGAGGUGAAAAGGAUGUGAAAAUGUUAGUGUGGGCAAAAAUACAGUGUACUUUACUUUGUUUUCUUUGAGAUGAAAACAGAGACUUUUGAAAAUGUACUAUUGUAGCUGGGGCCUUACAUAUAUAUAUAUACAAGGAGCUAAUAGUAAUAAAGUAAACCUGUAGAAUCCUGUGAUGUCACAACUGAAACAAGAUCUUAAUCACUGUCCAUUCAGCUUAUAGUGGCGAUUCCACUUAAAGGGAAAGUUGAGUGUACAUUAAAGCUGUCUUGUGUUUCAGAUGCAACAACGCAUCCAUCGGUAAAUUCUGUUCUUGUUCGGAUUUGACAAUGCCGAACAAAAUCUACUCCCUCGACAACUGUAUGACCCUAAUUUUCAAGUCUGAUGAGUCAAAGAGAGCUGAAGGCUUUGAAGCAGAGUACACCUCAAUAGAUAACAGCACAGAAUUGGAUCCUAAUUCAAACUGCAGUAGUACCAAGCUCCUGGGAUCGUCUAAUGGAACAUUCUUCACUCCCAACUGGCCAUUGACGUAUCCUCCAGAUGCUGCUUGUUCGUGGACAUUUAGUCCUCCAGAAGAAAAGAUUGUUCGCCUGUUUUUCAUGAGCUUUGAAAUGGAGGGAAAACAUGAAUGUGACGCGAACAGGCCGUCCGUGACUGCAGAUGAAAUACGCAUUAAUGGUACGAAUUCAACAGGGGGUAAAGGUGACAUUGUUCCAAGGAUUUGUGCAAAGCCAGACACGCUCUAUUACACUAUCAAGCAAAUGCGGGCAGUCACGGUCAGAUUUUCAUCAAAUCGUAGAGAUGAGUCUUCUGGAGCUAUUGCUGGUUAUGCUAGUUACAAAAAAGAUACUUUCAACUCAUCAUCUCCUGGCUGCAAAGCCAUCCAGGUCCCUGAAUCCACAGCCAGUACUGAAAGCACUACUCAAAGUACCAAAGCCUCAGGAAAGCAGACAUUAGCAAAACCUUUGGGUGUAGUUGGUGCUGCAGUCCUUGCAGUUGCAGUGUUUCGGUUUGAGGCCUGCAGAUGUCUUUUACUGUUUUAGAUAAGUACGAGAGAAGAAGGAGUACAAGCAUGUAUUCCAGCAUUUUCCACAGACCAUUGACUUGUGAUUCACAAUUAAUCUCUUUGACUUGCAUGACAUGCGUAGUUCAUUCAUAGUACUUGUGGUCGAAUGAGAGUGCUAAAAAAUUUUUUUAAGGAUUAAGCCCUUUACCUUUUCAUUCUACUAUUGCUAAAUUAACUACAAAAGAGAUAGAUUUUGUAAAAUUGCCACUUCCAUAGCUUUCUAUUUGAAUGGUCAUCAUAGGGUUUCACUAAAUGAACAAGUUAAUCCUUGUGGUGCAUACUCUAUUCAGUUAAAUAAAUUAUGUGCAUAAAGAUACAUUAGUAACACACCUAAGUCGAAUGGUGUGCAUUCAGCUUUUCAGUGACGAUAAUUUGUAAGUUACAACUUGAAAUGAAGUUGUAGCUCAGUAAUAUAAGCUGUGAUAGAACUUACUGUUAGUCUUGAAAUACAUGUAGGUAUGCCACUAGGGAUACCCUUGAAAAAUUAAGCAGAAAUUUAAAAGUCCAUUGUGGAGGCGGCGUGGCCGAGUGGUUUAGGGCGCUGGAUUUGAAAUCUGGAGGUCCCCGGUUCAAAUGUGGGAGGCGC